ACACUGAAUCAAAAGCAUGAACACAACACCCUGCAUUUUAUGCUUUAACGUUUCCUUCAUAUACUUAAUUAAUACGCAAUAUAACAGCUUCAUAUCCUUCACAGGCCCUCAUUGCAACAAACUAAACAAUAAUCCUACUUUCUGACCUAACUAAAAAUGGCUUCACCUGUAAAUGUUCCCGACGAGCCACUCACUCCAGCCGGCCGAUUAUUCCUCCGGCCAGAGGCAAACACCAUAGUCCACUGUGUACUUGGCGUUAAACACCACAUGGACAUUGACACUAUAAAAACAACCAUAAAAAACUCCCUCAUGUGCCGUAACCCAAGAUUUUGCAGUCUUCUUGUCCACGACAAGAAUGGAUUGGAGCACUGGAGAAGAACAGAGAUCGACAUAGACAAACAUGUUAUCCUUGUCGACACUCCUAUGGCUUCUCCGGCCGCCGGUGAUGAUGACGUGGAGAAAAUAGUUAACGACUAUUUAGCAGAACUAUCAAUUAGUAGUCCGUUAAGCACUGAUAAGCCUUUAUGGGAAGUGCACGUUAUGAUGGAGCAGAAAUGCGCGAUAUUUAGGCUCCAUCACGCGCUCGGUGAUGGCAUCACGGUGAUGUCAAUGUUGUUGGGUAUGUGCAAAAAGGCGGAGGAUCCAGAGGCCGCGCCCACCCUGGUUGCUGGUGGCCGGAAGAAUUGGAGGAGAGAGAAAGGGAAGAAUUGGAGAGAGGUUUUGGUUGGAUUUUUUAAAACGGUUUGGUUUAGUUUUGUUUUCUGUUCUCAGUUAGUAUUGAGGUGUUUGUGGGCUUGUGACCGGAAGACGGUGAUUUCCGGUGGUGAAGGGGUGGAGUUUUGGCCGAGGAAAGUGGCUACUGCUAAGUUCUACAUUGAGGACAUGAAAAUAGUAAAAGAGGCUAUUGCUAAUGCGACAAUCAAUGACGUGUUAUUCGGAAUGAUAUCAGCUGGGCUUUCAAGAUACUUGAAUUACAGAUCACCAAAUUCUUUGGAAAAUGGCCAACAAAUAACAGGAGUAGCCAUGGUUAAUUUAAGAGAGACAUCAGCAUUGCAGAAUUUGAUCGAGACGAUGAGAAAGAAUUUAGGAUCUCGUCGAGGCAACAAACUUGGUGUUUUUCUCCUACCCACUUAUUAUCAAACAAAUAUUGAUCCUCUACAAUAUGUAAAGAGAGCUAAAGCCCUAAUUGACUUGAAGAAACAAACAUUAGAGGCUUACUUCUCAUCUAAAGUUGCAGAUUUAGCAAUCUCCUUGUUGGGACCUAAGGCUGCUUCAAUGCUUAAUUACAGGAUUCAUUGUAAUACUACAUUUGUUAUCUCAAAUGUGGUUGGACCAAAGGAGGAGCUUACAAUAGCAGGAAACCCUAUAACUUUCUUGAGGUGUAUCACGUCAAGCUUACCUCAAGCACUAGCUAUGCACAUGGUGAGCUAUGCAGGUAGAGCUGACAUGCAAAUUGGAGUGGCCAAAGACAUUAUUCCUGACCCAGAAUUUCUUGCAAAGUGUUUUGAGGACUCCUUGCUUGAAAUGAAGGAAGCAGCUUUAGCCACCAAAUGUGUCUCUAGGAAAAAUUAAGAAGAGGGCUAUUUUUAUUAAUUACUAUAAAAAAAAUUUACUGUUGAUUGUGAUGAAUGGUACGUGAAUUUCUGAAUUUUCAAUGUACAAUAAGAUAUUUUUAAUAUUUUUAUUAAUAUAUACUUAAUGUAGGCAAGUGUUUCCUUCCACUAUAUGCCAAAGUGGUGUUAGUUUUGAAUUGUUUACAGAAAA